UCAUAAAUACUUAUUAGCAAAACGCAAUGGCAACAAAAGGAGACGUUUCUGUCUGCAGGGCUGGCCUCGGCGCGCUCUCCAAAAGAUUCAGCGGCAGGAAGAAAGCACAGGGAGGCAUGCUUUCCAGUGCAAAGUCUGACCUUUCAUUGCAGCUCAGCAGAAAAAGCAAUGAAGUCAUCCGAAAGCUUCCGCAAACAUCCGAAGUAGAGAACGCCAAAUGCGAGUGCUGCUGCAUGUCGGAGGAGUUCACAAAGGCUUACAUCAAAGGAGUUAGAGAGAAGUUUAGCGGGCAUUGGAUUUGUGGGCUCUGUUGCGAGGCGGUGAAGGAGGAGAUGGAGAAGAUGGGAGGGAAUAAAGAAGAAGCUCUUCAUGCGCAUAUGAGCGUUUGCUCUAAGUUUAACAACAUUGGGAGAAAGCAGCCUGUGCUGUAUCAAGCGGAAGCCAUGAGAGAGAUGUUGAGGAGGUGUUCUUCCAGAGCAAGGGAUCCAAAUUUAACAGGGGAUUCAACAGAGAAGAUGAAUAAGGGAGGGAUCAUGAGGACUUCGAGUUGUAUUGCAGCUAUCACAAAGGAGACCAACGGUCGGCUGCAAGUGAAGUAA